AUGACACCCACAAAUCACAGCAAAAAGGGUAACAUAAAACCCACAAAUCACAGCAAAAAGGGUAACAUAAAACCCACAAACCACAGCAAAAAGGGUAACACAAAACCCACAAAUCACAGCGAAAAGGGUAACAUAAAACCAACAAGCCACAGCAAAAAGGGUAACAAAAAACCCACAAACCACAGCAAAAAGGGUAACAUGAAACCCACAAAUCACAGCAAAAAUGGUAACAUGAAACCCACAAACCACAGCAAAAAGGGUAACAUUAAACCCACAAAUCACAGCAAAAAGGGUAACAUUAAACCCACAAACCACAGCAAAAAGGGUAACAUGAAACCCACAAAUCACAGCAAAAAGGGUAACAUUAAACCCACAAAUCACAGCAAAAAGGGUAACAUUAAACCCACAAACCACAGCAAAAAGAGUAACAUAAAACCCACAAAUCACAGCAAAAAGGGUAACAUAAAAACCACAAACCACAGCAAAAUGAGUAACAUGAAACUCACAAAUCACAUCAAAAAGGGUAACAUUAAACCCACAAAUCACAGCAAAAAGGGUAACAUAAAACCCACAAAUCACAGCAAAAAGGGUAACAUUAAACCCACAAAUCACAGCAAAAAGGGUAACAUAAAACCCACAAAUCACAGCAAAAAGGGUAACAUAAAACCCACAAACCACAGCAAAAAGGGUAACAUAAAACCCACAAAUCACAGCAAAAAGGGUAACAUAAAACCCACAAAUCACAGCAAAAAGGGUAACAUAAAACCCACAAACCACAGCAAAAAGGGUAACAUAAAACCCACAAACCACAGCAAAAAGGGUAACAUGAAACCCACAAAUCACAGCGAAAAGGGUAACAUAAAACCCACAAACCACAGCGAAAAGGGUAACAUAAAACCCACAAACCACAGCAAAAAGGGUAACAUAAAACCCACAAAUCACAGCAAAAGGAAAGUCAUGGUGAAACCCACAAACCAAAAUAAAAGGAAAUGUAUGGUGAAACCCACAAACCAAAAUAAAAGGAAAUGUAUGGUGAAACCCACAAUCCAUAACAAAAUGGAAGUCUUCAUGAAACCCCCAAAACAACAAUAG